AUGUCCAAUCAUAGCCCCGAAAUUGACGCGCGCCGCAGUUUAUGGGCGUGUUUAACACUGAAGUGGGCGGGGUUACGAUGGCACUUGGUGGAUUUGCUGCGCGGACGGACCCGAAUCAGAGUAGACAACCGGCACCAGGCCCAUGGCACUUCCUUUAACCACAUCAUCACCAUGGACCUACAUGCAUCUCAAAUUCAGGGGUUCUUUGACAUCCCAGUUGAUAACUUGUACGCUGAGCCGGCAGUCCUCAAAUGGAUAAAAGAAAAUAUCAAUGAAUGGAAGAAUUGCACCAUUGUUUCUCCUGAUGCUGGUGGAGCCAAGAGAGUGACAUCCAUCGCAGACCGCCUGAAUGUGGACUUUGCCCUAAUCCAUAAGGAGCGGAAAAAGGCCAAUGAGGUGGAUCGUAUGGUGUUGGUUGGGGACGUGAAGGACCGAGUGGCGAUUUUAGUAGACGACAUGGCAGACACGUGUGGGACAGUAUGUCACGCGGCUGACAAAUUGGUGUCUGCGGAAGCCACUAAAGUGUAUGCCAUCUUGACUCAUGGCAUCUUCUCUGGGCCAGCCAUUUCUCGUAUCAAUAAUGCCAACUUCGAGGCAGUUGUGGUCACCAACACAAUUCCACAGGAGGACAAAAUCAAACACUGCAACAAGAUUCAGGUGAUCGACAUUUCUAUGAUCCUGGCUGAAGCUAUUAGGCGAACUCAUAAUGGGGAGUCAGUUUCAUACUUGUUUAGUCAUGUCCCCUUAUAACAUAUACACACACGUACAGACAACAUGUCUUCACGCAUGCCAUCACUGUGUACAAACUCAUAUGAUGGAGAACCAUUGCUGGCUCUGUUAAGCCAUGUUCCUUUGUAAGAGUCUCAUACAUGCACCAUUUAACUGAAGACAUAUUCUGGACCGUGAAUGAAAGCCCUUUGUGCAACACACAGUUCCCUCUUUCUGUUGCAUGUGCUGACUUACCUAUUUUCCAAGAGUAUUGUGAUAUGUAACAACUCCUAUCAUCAUUUCACCCAUCACUCUAUGGUAUAUAAAUGUUACCUGCAUGUUAGACUGAGGAUUCACUUGAACGUUGCUGUCUGUUAUUUUCUGCCUUAGAAACCAUUUAAAACCAAUGAGACGACAACCCCUGCUUAUAAUGAAAAAUCUCCUGUAAUACUGGAAUUUUUUUUAUGUUUUAGCUCUGAAGUUUGUGUAACUUAAAGGUACGAUAGAUGUUUAUGACUUUUGUAACACUUUAAUUUAGUUAUAGAAUCGAAUUACUAACAUGUGGUAGAUUGAAAUAGAAUAUGGGUUAAGCCCCUUUAGAUUGCCAUUGUUAUGGCAGCUGAUUUUUUUUUUCUUCAUUUGUUUCUCUUCUCAGGUUUCAGUUUUAGGUAGAUUUUUUUUCUUCUUCAUUACUUUAUUAAUUUUCAUCUCUUCAGGGUCUUUUGACAGGAUGAAAACCAAGAUCUUGGUGGAAAAAUGAGGUCACAUUUUUAAGUUGUGAUAAAAUGUUUCUUUUAUAUCUAUGUUCAUGUUUACAGUUACGCAGCGCUUUUGACUGCUUGAUCUGUGAACACAGAUCUGUGAAGUUCCCUUUAGAUUUGACUGAAGACACACCUAAAUCCUAAUUAAGUGGCUACUGUAGAAUUGGCCCAAACAAUCAGCUUGUUGAACUAUAUUUUUGUUGUUUCUUGCUUCUAACUGUGUGGGUCAGUGUGUUUGGUUUGAGUACGUUUCUUUUUCCAUGCUACUUAAGCGAGAACCGAGAUAAUACACUUAACAAUCCUACAGCUUACACUGGAGCAGUAAGUGAGAUGACAGCUUGAUUUGAUAGGUCUAUGCCGUUUGCCUUAAUGAAGGAGAAAGAUGCUGACGAUUGUAUCUCAUCUGAAUGCAGAAUGAUGAGUAAAGUAUUUCAUGUAUAAACUGCA